GCCGAGCAGAGCAGCCCGUCUGCUGGGGAGAGACAGAGGAAAAGUUAGUCAAGAUGGCAAACCUCACAGACCCGGAGUGAAGGGGCACCGCUCCCCGAAAAAAGCUGAGCCUGUCGCCCUCAACAAUGCGAACUGCUCCAGGAGGCUUAAGAGGGAUUCCCUGAAGAAAAAUGCCAGCGAGGCUGAAGCUGAUGUGACAGGCGUGUGCUGGAAGAAAGCUGACUCAUCAAAUAUCAAUCCCUCUGGGAGCUACUAAGCAGCAGUGCAGCUCAUAUCUCCUAAUGCCUAGCUAGAAGAGAUCUUCACACACACACUCCCCCGCCACCAGCGGAGAUAAUCAGAGAGGAGAAGACGUUGCAGAAACCCCCUCCUGCAGGAAUAUAUCCAACACCGGUUGAAACUAAUUUUAACACCAGAAGGCAAAACAGUGACUGCUGUCCAAGCCGCCAACAAAGCUAAGUAUGGCAUCACAGUGCUUCAGCUGAACUGACUCCCUGUGUAUAGAAACAUCAAGGAUCAGCUGAUAAGACCACCAUCAUUCUACGUGACUGUUACCCCAAACCAUCAGUGUGAAAUUUGGGUGAGGGCGCUCCUCCUUACCACCAAAGUCAGCCUGCCUUUUCCCCGCCUAGCAGACCAUGAUGUUUCGCGAUCAGGUGGGAGUGCUAGCCAGCUGGUUCAAAGGGUGGAAUGAGUGCGAGCAGACAGUGGCUCUGCUGUCUCUGCUGAAGAGGGUGAGCCGGACCCAGGCCCGCUUCCUGCAGCUCUGUCUUGAGCACUCCCUCGCCGAGUGCACUGAACUGCAGGUCCUUGAAGGAGAGGCCAACAACCCAGGCGUGAUUAGCCAAUGGCAAGGAGAGUCUAAGGAGCGUGUCAUCUCGCUUGUCCUCACCCACCUCCCGCUGCUCAAACCUGGCAACGUUGAAGCCAAGAGCGAGUACAUGCGCCUGCUGCCACGAAUCCUGGCCCAUACCAUUGAGCAUGGCCGCCACCUGGAGGAGUCCCGCCAGCUCCUGUCCUACGCCCUCAUCCACCCCGCCACCUCCCUGGAAGACCGCUCGGCCCUGGCACUCUGGCUCAACCACCUGGAGGAGAGGGCUGCUGCCCGGGGAGACUCACUGGAGAGGCCUCCACCUUCGGGACCGCACCACCACCAUCACCAGUCCACGCCUCCAUCCACCCUCUCAUCAUCGGGGUCAUCCUCCUCCACCAACACCUCUUCAUCAGGCAACCUCUACUCCUUGCAUCACCACCAGCGCUACGGCUCGGACGACCGCCUGAACGGGUGGCAGAGCUCCAGGGAUUCAGGGAUGGGCGGAGGCUGGCAGCAGCAGGGCUGCGAGAAUGGGCACCUCCUUCUCUACCCAUCAUCCUCUGUGCCGACAACCAUCAACACAGUUGGAACUGGUGGAGGAGGAACCACUGUCCUGACGAGUGGAGGUGGCAGCCAGCAGCACAGUCCCCUGAAGCGCUCCGUGUCUCUCACCCCUCCCAUGAGCGGCCCCAGCAACCAGCCUCUGGGUCACGUCUGGCUGUCCCAAGAGGACCUACGUUCUGCUAGAGGCCCCGCCCCAGACCACGCGCCUCUCUCCCCCCAGAGCAGCAUCGCCUCCUCUGGCAGUGGGGGCAGUGAGCAUCUGGAGGAGGCUGGUUUAGGCGGAGGUUCAGGUCUGCAUCGCAGUUCCUUCCACGAUGAGGGCAGCGGCAUGAGGGAUGUUCCUGCGUGGCUGAAGAGUCUCCGUCUCCAUAAGUACGCCGCUCUCUUCUCCACAAUGACCUACGACGAGAUGAUGUCACUGACCGAAGAGCAACUUGAGGCACAGAAGGUCACUAAAGGAGCAAGACACAAGAUUGUUAUCAGCAUUCUGAAGCUCAAAGACAGACAGAAUCUACUCCGCAGCUUGGAAAAGGAUGUGUUGGAGGGCAGUAAUCUGCGUUCGCCCCUACAGGAGCUCCACCAGAUGAUCAUGACGCCCAUCAAGGCUUUCACUGGUGGCGAGGAGGCCUCCUUGCAGCGGGCCCUGCUGAGCCCCGAGAGCAAGAGCGCAGCGCCUGGCUCCCACCUGACAGGGGUCGGGGGAGGCGGAGGGGAGGCUGAGUCGAGCACAAGCGUCAUCGCUGAGGGGGAUCUACCUGGCCAGUUCACCCGUGUCAUGGGCAAAGUGUGUACCCAACUGCUGGUGUCGAGGUCAGACGAGGACAACAUCAGCUCCUACCUACAACUCAUCGACAAGUGCCUUAUACAUGAGUCCUUCACUGACACGCAGAAGAAGAGGCUGUUGUCAUGGAAACAACAGGUCCAGAGGCUGUUCCGGUCCAUUCCAAGGAAGACUCUCCUCGACAUCGCAGGGUACCGGCCGCAGAGGAGCCGUUUUGGACAGUCUAACUCUCUCCCCACCGCUGGCUGUGUUGGGGGCAGCGUGUCGGCCCGGAGGAGCCUUCGCCAGUUCCAGAUGCCCUCCAGGAGCUUGCCGGGUGCCAGGCUGGGCCAGCUGGGCAGCAGUGGGCUGCUGGGGCCCACACCCCGCAGCUCCAGCAGCACACCAACCGGUCCCAAGCAGGGGAGACAGGGUCUGUGGUUCGCCAACCCCGGAGGAAGCAACAGCAUGCCGAGCCGGACCCACAGCUCCGUGCAGAGGACCCGCUCGCUGCCCGUUCACACCACGCCACAAACCAUGGUGAUGUUCCAACAAUCCGAUCUUCAGCUACCAGUGACAGAGCCAGACAUCAACAACCGCCUUGAGUCUCUGUGUCUGAGUAUGACAGAGCACGCAUUGGGAGACGGUGCUGACCGCACAUCAACGAUAUGAAACGGAGACCUGAGCGAGAGCAGUAGGACGGCGCAGGUUCACAUGGCUCUCUCACGAUAAGCCACCUCGAGGUCACCAGCCCUCCUGUCCCCUCUCCUUGUAGCCAAUGGUAGAGCUCAACCAAAGGAUUGGGGCGGGAUCCAAGAACCACAAGAGAGCGCCAUCAUCAAACGGCUAACACAAGCUAUCACAUUGGCACCGUCCAUCGGGUCGGAACAAAAACACACUUCCUGCUGCGCCAGCAUCUGGGUGAAGAGAGAGGAUCAGCCUGGACAGUGUGUGAACAGCGCCCCCCCCACCCCCUGACACCCAUCUACCGGCAGGCCAGAAGCAGCACUGCAGGCCAGCAGAAGGGAGAUGCUGGCCUGUGGAUCGGGGCCCGGUAAGACUGAGGCCCCUUCCCUAUCCGACACCCUCGGACCCCCCCGCACAUCAUCGACCACAGCUCGUGGCAUUCUUCAGAUCCAUUACAGUACCUCAGAGCCAAAAACAAGACGAGCUAGGAGGCAGUUUGGGAUUUCCUUGACUGUGUUCGUCCAGCAAGGACGUUUGUAGAGCUCGGGAAGGUCCUCCUGCUCAGUAUUGGGGGGGAAACAAAAUCAUUUAUUUGUAUUGUAUGUAUUUAUUGUUUACAUAAUGAUGCUACUUUCAAAGGGUACAAAAACAUGUAUGAAUUUCAGGUAUGAACCGUGAAAUAUUCUGUAAAGCCUUGGCUGUCUACCAGCUUUACGUCCCACAGUAGCCAUCACGCUAGUUUACAAACAACGUGCUUAUUCUUUAUUUCAGCAGCCAACAGCCAAGACGUGUCGGCUUGAACAAAAGGGAGAAUAAGAGAGGAGGGAGAGACAGGUGUGGAGAUGGGUGAGAGGAAGAAGAAAGACACAGGAAGUAGAACGAGAGAGUCGCGCUGAGGUGAUACUGGAAAGGGAAGCGGAUGUUUUAAAGGUGGAAGGCGUCAGAGGCCGGACCUCUGAUCAGCCGAAGAUGACAGAGGAAGAUGACGUCAUGUGUAAUCAUGUUCACGUGAGCGAGAGUCGGAGGAAGUGAGUUUGGCGGCGGUCGAUUACAUAUUGUUUAUCCACAGCAUGUACUGUAUGAACUCUUUUGAAUUCAGAGCCUUUGUAGGCACGAUACAUUGAAAAUGUAGAGGGUUUUUUUUAUAAAUGGGAGAUUAAUAUUGUCAGUGGGAUCUGUCUGCAUGUUCAGAUACUGGGUUGAGUUUGUUUUUUUUAAAGCAGGGUGAUGUGCUUAAGCUGCAUGUUACUAAAUAUCUUUUUCGGGGGUACAGGAAGAUUGUGAAACGUGGAGACAGUGAAUAAGAAACAAGAGGGCGAUCUGGUUUCCACUCAGACCAUGUUGCGACAUUGGAGAAAUCACACACUGUCAAUCCAUGAAGGGUAGCUUUCCCAGAGAUUCUCAUUAGUGCUUAUCUCCACCUGCUGGCCAAACGCAGUCAGAGCGGACGCUGAGGGCCAGGCACGCAGGCCAAUCAUUUAUGAGCAUUAUAAUUAGGAAAUGUUAAUGCUGUAGGAAAUCCCUCAGAGAUCGCCCGUGCCAUAUGGUCUCCUCUCUGCUCCGGGCCUCUAUGGAAUUUAUUUUCUUUCUUUUUUGAAUAACAGACUCUUUUUGGUUAUUCUGUGUCUUAAUAUUUAUCCUCUGAUUAUUGUGUCUGGUAGACAGACUUCACAAACACAGGUUUGAUGGAAAUAAGCUGGUUGGAAAGCUGUCCUCUGUGUCAAACGGUCACCAUCCAGGGUUAUUGAUUAUUAUUGUUUAGUUUCUUUCCUUAGUUUGUUGCAAUUCUAUAGUACUUCCUUCGUAUUCUGCACUUGAUAAUGUGAUACACUAAAAAUUCAAACGCUUAAGGCUCGAGCGACAGCUUUGUGCUUUGGGGGAUAGGAUCACUUGGAGUAGAUUGGAGAAAAACAGCAAAAGGCGAGCAGUACAACCACAACAGGUGUCCAUGAUCCCACGUCUUUACUACUUCUGGUCUGACGGUGGAUUUCAGAGCUGAAAAGGCUUAAUCUUCUCAUGUCACGCACCGUUACAGGACCAUGGCAGUGUUUGUGCAUGUUUUGGCUCAUUAUCAAACAUUUUAAAAGUCUAUUUUACUAUAAACUAUCCUUAUUUCAGGUUUUUCCAGCUGUCAAGGUUGCACAGGAAAGACAAUUAAUUAUUUUUUCGCACAAACAGAAAUGAAAAACACUACAAACUAAACAUUCUAAUGUGUUUAGUGUGUGUCUAAAGAGCUAAAGCAUGCAGGAGGAUUGUGAUGGUACCCGAGUGUGGCCUCAGACAGUGGCUUGAAACUGCAGUAAGGAUCAAAGCAUGCACACAUAGAACAGUUUGUGUGUGUUGUCUCAGCCUUAACCGUGUGUUUUCUGCACCUUGAGUCUGUAAGAGCCAAUCAGAAGUCGUCUGUACGUUUGAGAAGAUUCCACCAAAGCCUGAACUGCCCUUGUUUUUCUGACGCUCUUCGCCGAGAAGCAUCAUAGCCUGUUUCGAUGUCACUGCCAUAUGAAUCAGUACUUAAAGUAGAUACAAUUAUUUAUUCUUUUUUUCAUAAUGUUUUGCAGAGGUGAUACUUUUACUCAUUUAGGUGUAUUAUUAUUUAAAGUACCAUAUGUAUUAACAUGUUAUGGCUGGUGACCAUACGUACAUCUCAAAUAUUAACAUAGUUAUUGUUGACUUUGACUGUUAACUUUUCUUUUUCUCCUCGUUGCUGUUGUUAAACUAUAAUCUUGUUUGUAUCUAUCAGUGUCAUGUUGAGAUUUUGUUUCAUGUGAACUCGGAGCGUGAUGCGUGUUCAGUUACCAAAUUCACAUCAGAGGAACUGUCACCAAACAGAAACAGGGGUGUCGUUGGCAUGCCAGGAAGUAGACUGGUCCAUUGUGACCUGGAGUUUGAUCUCGGUGCUGUAGGCAUGUUACCCCCGCCCCACCCACUUUAUGGUCCUGAGUGGGACUCUACUGUAGGUUCAAAUGCUUGUUACUUUAAAGGGUGAGGCUGUGUCUUAAUGUCAACAAAUCCUAUGAAAAACCACAUUCUGAAGAUGUCAAUCUUUCAAAAAAAGGGCUCAAAUAUUGUUUGAAAUAGGAGGGAAUGUUGCAUUUGUUGGGGACUAUUUCCAGCUGCAGAUUAAUCUAUAUUUGGUGCUCUAUGGAUUAUUUAAGGCAGUUUUAUGAGGGAUUGAGUGAAAUCAACUACAAUGGGUUUGCAUUGUAAAGAAGCAACAUGUCAACCAGUGCAAAUGUCAGAUUUUGAUGGAGUUUUAUGGCACAGGAAGAUGUGAUAUCAGGAUUUGAUACAAGCAUAAAACAGUGUUUGUGUUGGUGUUUUCAUAGGAUUUGCUCGUGUUUAAAAAAAAGCACCAGACACUUCCUUUACACUCGUUUUACAUCAUUUGUUAAAAUAAUCAAACCGGCAGUCCGUACUGUAAUCAAAGGGAUUAUUGGAACUGUUGCACACUUGCAGUAUUUGUAUUUACUUCACCUCGCCAUGUUUGAGUUAUAAAGGUGUUGAGACAAGGUCUUUAGUUAUAGAAACACUACUUUUCGUUUGUGACUGACAGCAUUCACAGCCUGAGUGUGUGUGAUUUUCCUAAGUGAUCACAGAGGAAAGUUACAUGUUUUGUAUUUGGAGGCCUACAGUUUCCUGCAGCAUCUCUGGGUCAAAGAGGCGUCUGUGACGGGACAGUGGAGAGUUACAGCUCUGAGGUCUGGAUCAUUACACAUCUCUUCAAACCAAAUGCUUUAUUUUUAUUUUUUCUAAAUGCAUAUCAGCUCUGGGUGUCCAGGAGUGCUAACGCUGUGCUCACUGCAGUAUUAACCGUUAGAUAUUCCAAAAAAAAAACAUUUAAUGUACUUUAAGUCGAGAUAUAUAUGCUGUUUUGUAUCUUUUAUUUUUGUCAUAGGUUCUGCAGUUUUAGUAAGUUGAUGUUGGGAUGCCAUGAUUUCUCUUUUCUUUUGUAUGUUCAGCCGCAUCCAUUCUGUAACACAGUGUUACCGCUUGACUGUGCUCCUUUAUUUCAUUUAGUUUUAUUUUAUCAAAGAGCCGAUGUCCUGUAUUGACUGCAGGCUUACAUAUAUAUUUGACAAAAGAAUAUUGUAUGUUUAAUAAUAAAAAAACUCAAAAAGACAAAAAAGUGCAGAAAAAAAGAAAUGGAGAAAAAUUGAAAAGAAAAAAGGUGUAAUUUAUAUUUUAAACCUGCAUGCACGAGGCUGGGAAAGUCAUAUUUAGAAUAACAAAUGGCAGUGCCUUUUUUUGUACUCGAGACAUUCACCCCAAAUGUAAAUGGUUUUAUAUAGACUUUACAAUCUGUUAUGUUACAGGAUGAAACGGCUGUUGGGUCGCGCUCACACUGCAGCUACACGUCCCCAUUCAGACACCCCCCCACAUAGAAUAAAUACUAACUAAUCUAAUGAUUUAAAAGAUAUCAAACUGAUCCACGUGAACAUCUUGAAAAAGGAAAGAGAAUUAUUCAAGAUUGUAUUUGAGGAGACAACUUGUAAUAGACUGAUUAUAAGUGUCAGAUAAAGUCUUUAAAUGCCUUUUGUCUAAAUUUGGAAAAUCUACAGAUAUUUUGUUUCUGGAAGAGAAAUGAAUCAAUCUAAUUUGAGCUCAUGAAAUCAAAAAUGACUCAUGGAUUUCAAACUACAUUUCUACUAAGUAUUUCCUACAUGUAUUAAACACAUGGUUUAACGUUCAUGUACAGUAGACAUUGCAUCCAUUCUUGCAGCAAAUCUGACAAUAUAAAGUGGAACCUUUAACCAUUAACGCUGAUUUAUAGUUUCUUAUUACAGUAAAUUGUAUUUAAAUGUACUUAAUCUUUACACGUAGACCAGUAAUCCAAAUUAAUCUUCUGAGGAUACAAAAAGUUGAAGAUCUGGAGAGAAUAGGAUUCACUUUCAUCAGAAUCCAACUAAUCAAUCAAAGCUAAACUCAAUAAUUGCUGUCAAGUUUACUGAACAUGGUUGAAAAUAAGUAUUUUGAACAGUUACAGUAAACAUUUAAGGCAUCUUCAUGUUUGAUGUUUGCUGCUUUAAAAGCUAGAUGUGAUUAAACACAAAGCUGAGUGAGUUGAGCGUGGAGGGUGCAGUGUGAGCGAGGCUCGCGGCGGUGAACUGGGUCUGUUGUUUUCUGUACUCUGUAGGUACUUAAUGCUGAUAUAAAGUUAUGAAUUGCUCUGGUCUGUACAAAAGUGUGUGAAUGAGUGUGUGAAUGUGAGUGUGUGAGAAAACAUUCAAGUGUUAUUCAAUUUGUCAUGCUGUAAUUUUGUGGCGACAUACCAGAAUGCUGUGACUUGGCAUGCCCCCCGUACAUAAAGAAAAGUUGUAACUCC